AUGUCUUCAAUGAGAGAACCACCGGUUCUCAGAAACCAUCUCCCACGCGACUUGGUACUGAAUAUUCUGGCGAACCUACCAGUUAAAUCAGUACUAAGAUUCAGGUGCGUUCGCAAAUCCUGGAACUCCUCCAUUACCAGUCCAAGUUUCAUUUCCAGCCACCUUAAACUCAACAGUUCUCGUCGUCUCUUAUUCAUGAAAUGUGAUAGGAUUCUAUAUGAUAGACAAUUAUGUACAGUCAUUUGCGAACACACCUUUGAUAGGAUUUCUGAAUUCGAUAUUCCGUUCACUUGGCCCAAACUUGUGGGAUCCUGCAAUGGUCUACUUUGUUUUUCUGCCAAAGACGGGUUAUAUUUGUUGAACCCCAGCAUUGGAAAAUUUAAGGCGGUUUCUCUCUUAUCCUCAAGCUCAUCAGCUGGCUUUUCUUUUGUUGAAACUGGAUUUUGUUAUCAUUCUGAAACCAAUGACUACAAAAUUGUUAAGAUUUCUUAUUACUUAGGAGGGACUCCGCCUCAGGCAGAGAUUUACUCAAUAAAUUCGGGUUCAUGGAAAAGGCUUCAUCCCCCGUUCGCACCCGAUGUUCUCCUCUUCAAUAUCCAUACUGAUUUGUUCCUCGCUCCAUUUGUUAGUGGAGCUUUGCAUUGGAUGGCCUAUGUACGUAAAGGAGUAAGGGAACCAGCGAGGCCUUUUAUUUUGACAUUUGAUGUUAAUGAAGAGAAGUUCGGAAUGAUGGAAACGCCUUUUGCUGUCAUACGCUCUAAUUUGUGUCGAGUGUUCAAAGGAAAACUGGCUUUGACAGAAGAGGAAGGAGACCCUUUAUUAUUACAUGUGUGGGUGAUGAAGGAGUAUGGUGUCCAUCAAUCUUGGACUAAACUUUCUGUUGUUCCUUUCCACAGAGUCAUAAGAUUCAAUGGCUAUUCCGACAACGGUUUACUUAUAGUUGAAAAAAGUUAUGACAUCUUCUCUGCCAAUGGUGAAGUAGAAAUUCUACUUCACCAUUGGCAGAGAAGAUCCAUGAAAAGGAGAAAUUCUACUGUAGAAUGGAUGAAUCUUAAGCGUAUCUCGAUUGACAUCGAGACUCUACAUGAAAAGGAUGUUGGUGGUAAUGGUAUCGAAGAUUUUCGAAGUGGGACUAAUUUCAUUGAGAGCCUUGUUUUACUUGAUAGGGCAGAUAUGGUACCUGUACGGCUGUAA